AAAACAAGAGCAACACGGUCAAAAGCACUAGCCUUGCUAAUGAGUUAAAAUCACGUUCCACGUUUCAGUUCGGCUGUUGUGUAACAUGUUGGGUCGAGUUGAGAAGCGGCCGCGCCAAGGCGAGCUCAGAGUGUGGAUCCUCCACGGCUGAGGGGGUGAUAUGGAGCGUGCAUGUGCGUGCGCGCGCAUAUGGAAGAGAGGAGAAGGAGGAGGAGGGGGGACGGUGCUGUGUGUCUGAGUGUGGAAAAAAGGAAGCGGAUCCCUCAAACGGCGAGCGCGCCGCUUCCCUCUGUCGCCCUCCAAAAACCCAGCAGCCCGUCGUCGAUGAAACGGCGACAGGCACAAGAAGAAGAGGAAGACGGGAGUAGCAGCACUUCGGACCGGGGGAGGUAUCGCUGGACUCGGCCCGGAUCGCCUCGUUGCUUUCGGACCUAGGGGCGAGGUGAAGCCGUCUUUUGUUGAAACAAGUGCUCGACUCGGCUCCUCCUGUGUGGCCGAAGGGGGUUUAAUUCAUUUCAAAACGCACACGGGCAAAGAAGGGAAGGAGAAGACAUCUCUUGUUUGUACUUGUUUCUGGAUUUGGAGCAGAAAGUUCAGGGCAAGGAUUUCAAGAACUUGUUUGCAGCGGUAUCCCUCCAAGAAUCAGCAGACUGGCGGGCUUUUCUGAAACUCUGGGGUUGUUGGUGUGGCCAAAUUUUCCCUGGAUUUGAUUGGUAAAUUCAGAAGACUGAAGCCCAGGCUCACAGUCUACCUUUCACGGAGGCCAAGCCGUGAGAGGACUGAGGAAGGCACGUGGCGGAUCAUGACAGCUGACAAAGAAAAGGAGAGGGAGAAAGAGCGGGACAGGGAUAGAGAUCGGGACCGGGACAAGCGAGAGUCCGGAAAGUCCCGCCGCCAAGACGGGGAGCGGGGUGAGAGCGAGAGCUCCAGGCCCAGGCGCAGUUGUACGCUAGAGGGCGGGGCCAAGAACUAUGCAGAAAGCGAACACAGCGAGGAUGAGGACAAUGACAACGGCAGUACAGGUGGGGGCAGCGGCACGGCCGAGGAGGCGGGCAGAAAGGGCAAGAAGAAGAUGCCCAAGAAGAAGUCUCGCUACGAGCGCACAGAGAAUGGAGAAAUCACCUCCUUUAUCACGGAAGACGAUGUUGUUUACAGACCAGGAGAUUGUGUGUAUAUUGAGAGUCGCCGCCCCAACACUCCCUACUUCAUUUGUAGCAUUCAAGAGUUCAAACUGAGUAAACGGGACCAUCUGCUGAUGAAUGUCAAAUGGUACUACCGCCAGUCAGAAGUGCCCGACUCUGUCUACCAGCACCUGGUACAGGAUCGUCACAAUGAGAAUGACUCUGGACGAGAGCUGGUUAUCACAGACCCAGUGGUCAGGAGCCGAGAGCUCUUCAUCUCCGACUACGUGGACACAUACCAUGCUGCUGCUCUCAGGGGGAAAUGCAACAUAUCACAUUUCUCCGACAUUUUUGCUGCCAGGGAGUUCAAAGCCCACAUUGACUCCUUUUUCUAUAUCCUUGGAUAUAACCCAGAGACCAGGCGGCUAAACAGCACUCAGGGGGAAAUCCGGGUGGGCCCCAGCCACCAAGCCAAACUCCCAGAGCUGCAGCCUUUCCCCUCCUCUGGUGGGCAGGCCGUGACGGAGAAUGAGGAGCUGGUCUGGAUGCCGGGGGUCAAUGACUGUGACCUUCUCAUGUACCUCAGAGCCGCAAGGAGCAUGGCUGCCUUUGCAGGGAUGUGUGAUGGAGGCUCAACAGAGGAUGGAUGUCUAGCCGCCUCUCGAGAUGACACUACAUUAAACGCACUUAACACUCUUCACGAGAGCAGCUACGAUGCAGGCAAAGCUCUCCAGCGCCUGGUGAAGAAACCCGUACCAAAACUGAUAGAGAAGUGCUGGUCGGAGGAUGAAGUGAAGCGCUUCAUUAAAGGCUUGAGACAGUUCGGCAAAAACUUCUUCAGGAUCCGGAAGGAGCUCCUGCCCAACAAAGAGACGGGUGAACUCAUUACCUUUUACUACUAUUGGAAGAAGACCCCAGAGGCCGCCAGUUGCCGAGCCCAUCGCAGACAUCGGCGGCAACCUGUCUUUCGCCGCAUCAAGACACGAACGGCUUCUACUCCCGUCAACACUCCUUCACGUCCACCCUCCAGUGAAUUCUUGGACCUGAGCUCGGCCAGCGAAGAUGACUUUGACAGCGAGGACAGCGAACAGGAGCUGAAGGGCUACGCCUGCCGCCACUGCUUCACUACCACCUCCAAGGACUGGCACCACGGCGGCAGAGAGAAUAUCUUGCUGUGCACCGACUGCCGAAUUCACUUCAAGAAGUACGGUGAGCUGCCUCCCAUUGAGAAGCCUGUGGACCCGCCGCCAUUUAUGUUCAAACCCGUCAAAGAGGAAGAGGAUGGACUCAGUGGGAAGCAUAGCAUGAGGACCAGACGUAACCGAGGAUCGAUGUCAACACUACGUAGCGGUCGUAAGAAACAAACAGCCAGUCCCGAUGGCCGAGCCUCGCCUAGCAACGAGGAUCUGCGCUCCAGCGGGCGUACGUCACCAAGUGCUGCUAGCACCGACAGCACCGACAGCAAGAUGGACACCAUGAAGAAGUCCAGCAAGAAGAUUAAAGACGAGGCUCCUUCGCCCAUAAAGAGUGCCAAACGGCAGCGAGACAAAGGAGUCUCAGACACAGAGGAUCCCGAGAGGGCCAGUGCCAAAAAGUCCAAAACACAAGAGCUGAGUCGACCGGACUCCCCCUCAGAGUGCGAGGGAGAAGGAGAGGGUGAAGGCGAGGGCGAGAGCUCGGAUGGACGCAGCAUCAAUGAGGAGCUCAGCAGCGAUCCUAAAGACAUUGACCAGGACAACCGCAGCUCUUCCCCGAGCAUCCCCAGUCCCCGCGACAACGAGAGCGACUCUGACUCUUCUGCCCAGCAACAGCAGCUCCUGCAGAGCCAGCACCCCGCGGUCAUCCAAUGUCAGCCGAGCACCUCAUCAGCCGCUCCCUCUGCACAACCUCCGCCUCCCGCAGCCUCGGCUGCGUUGCUGCCCCCCCCACAGGUCUCACCUACAGCAGCCCCUGCCCCUCUUCCCCCCCAGCCUCUUUCCCAGGCAAGCCCCAUGGCUCUUAUUCAGUCAGUAGCCUCCCUCCACCCCCAGAGGCUUCCCUCGCCACAUUCCCCCCUGACUCAAGCCCCGCCUCCCGGUCCUCCGGUUCAACCUCAGUCAUUACCCAGCUCGCAUCACGGACCCAUGCCGCCCAUGCCUCACCCCCUGCAGGCUGGCCCCCUGCACAUGCCUCACCCUCACUCAAUGCCGGUACAGGGCUUCCCUGUCGGUCAGUCUCAGGUCCCGCCCCCACCCAUAUCUGGCGCAUCACAGCCACGGCCACACACGCCACCUUCACAGUCAUCUUCUCACAGUGGAGGGCAGCCACCCCGGGAGCAGCCCCUCCCGCCCGCGCCGAUGUCUAUGCCUCACAUCAAGCCCCCGCCAACCACACCGAUCCCUCAGAUACCCACCUCACAGUCCCACAAACACCCGCCACACGUGUCAGCACCUCCAUUCCCGCAGAUGCCUUCUAACCUGCCUCCGCCCCCGGCCCUCAAGCCCCUCAGCUCGCUAUCCACCCACCACCCUCCGUCAGCACACCCACCCCCUCUGCAGCUCAUGCCUCAGGGGCAGCAGCUUCAGCCCCCGCCCGCACAGCCUCCAGUUCUCACCCAGUCCCAAAGUCUACCGCCGUCAUCCGCCCACCAACCUCCCCCAGCUCCGCCGCUGCCACCCUCUGCAGUGGGGCCACACCACAACGGGCCCCCGCAAGCCUCCUUUCCUCACCCCUUCAGUACGGUUCUACCUCCAACUGGCCCCCCUGCUUCCUCAUCAAACUCUUUGCCGGGUUUACAACCGACAUCAUCUUCCAUGCUGCCCUCAUCCAUCUCCAUGCCGCUCCCCGCCUCCGUCAGCUGUAGCGGCCUGGGCGUGGGGCUCCCACCUGUGCACAUCAAGGAGGAGCCGCUGGACGAGACGGAGGAGCCAGAGAGCCCCCCACCUCCACAGAGGAGUCCCUCCCCAGAGCCCACUGUCGUCAACACGCCGAGCCAUGCCAGCCAAUCAGCACGGUUCUACAAGCACCUGGACCGGGGUUACAACUCGUGCGCGAGGACAGAUUUCUACUUCACCCCCUUGGCCUCGUCCAAACUGGCCAAGAAACGAGAGGAGGCUCUGGAGAAGGCCAAGAGAGAAGCCGAGCAGAAAGCAAGAGAAGAGAAAGAGAGAGAGCGGGAGAGGGAAAAAGAACGAGAAAGAGAGCGAGAGCGAGAGAAGGAAGCUGAGCGAGCGGCGAAGGCCUCCAGUUCGGCUCACGAGGGCAGAAUGGGCGAGCCUCAGAUGGCCGGGCCUGCCCACAUGCGUGCCCCCUUUGACGGGCCCCCCACCACGAUUGCAGCCGUGCCUCCGUACAUCGGCCCAGACACGCCCGCCCUGCGCACCCUCAGCGAAUACGCCCGGCCCCACGUCAUGUCCCCCACCAAUCGAAACCACCCUUUCUUUGUGUCCCUCAACCCCGCGGACCCUCUGCUGGCCUACCACAUGCCGAGCCUCUAUAAUGCCGACCCCGCCAUGCGGGAGCGCGAACUACGAGAACGGGAGAUGCGUGAGAGGGAGAUUCGAGAAAGGGAACUGCGGGAAAGGAUGAAACCUGGUUUUGAGGUCAAACCUCCCGAGAUGGACGCACUCCACCCUUCCACAAACCCCAUGGAGCACUUUGCCCGACACGGGGCCAUCACGUUGCCCCCCAUGGCCGGCCCUCACCCCUUUGCUUCCUUCCACCCGGGCUUGAACCCGUUAGAGCGUGAACGGCUGGCCCUCGCCGGGCCUCAGCUGCGGCCAGACAUGAGCUACCCGGAGAGGCUGGCGGCAGAGAGACUCCAUGCUGAGAGGAUGGCCACCGUGGCCAACGACCCAAUCGCCCGGCUGCAGAUGUUCAACGUCACGCCGCAUCACCACCAGCACUCUCACAUCCACUCCCACCUGCACCUGCACCAGCAGGACCCCCUCCACCAAGGUGGUGGUGAAUGUCUUGUGUGUCCUCCAGGUUCUGGGGCCCACCCCCUCGCUGUAGACCCCCUGGCAGCCGGACCUCACCUGGCUCGCUUUCCUUACCCACCCGGCGCCAUCCCCAACCCCCUCCUCAGCCAGCCGCCGCACGAACACGAGAUGCUGCGCCACCCUGUCUUCGGCACUCCGUACCCGCGGGACCUACCUGGUGGUCUGCCGCCGCCCAUGUCAGCAGCCCACCAACUGCAGGCCAUGCACGCCCAGUCGGCUGAGCUCCAGAGGCUGGCCAUGGAGCAGCAGUGGCUCCACGGACAUCAUCACAUGCACGGCGGCCCCCUUCCGGGCCAGGAGGACUACUACAGCCGGCUGAAGAAAGAGAGCGACAAGCAGUUGUGAGACAGUGCAGGACAACAGGAAGUGGCGACGGAGCGGGAAAAGGCCAAGUGGAACUUCUAGACUUGUUUUUCCAAACUCUUUCCUUUCCCAGACUUGGACAUUUUUUGCUAUAUAGCCAGUGCAAGUGGGACCACAUCCUGAAACCCCCUUCUUGCAUGACAAAACUUCAUCUUUUUGUAGGUGCUAGAACAGGACACACUGUGCUUAUCCAAAACAAAACACAAUGAAAACAUAACAAGUGCUAUCUUAAAUUCAACAUUUAUUUUAAUACAUUCUUGGAGGUUUUCUCAUUGUUUUAAAGACUACCAGCGCAUGUUUUUUUUAACUGUACAUAGUAUAUAUAUAUAUAUAUAAAUAUAUAUAUAUAUAUAAAUAUAUAUAAACAUAUAAUUAUUAUUAUAAUUAUUCUUACUAGGUGUGGACAAACAAGACGUCAUCCUCUCCUCCAGCUUCACCCUUGUUUCAGAGGGCAAGCACCAUGGCAUUAUUUCUGCAGUAUCCUCACAAAGUUGCGCGUUAAGUUGUGACCUUGGUCUGACAUUGGCGUGUUAGAUUUAGUCCUGCGUAGCCCACAUGAUGAUCACCCCCCGCCCCCCCACCUCGCCCUGUGACGCCCUCUAAUCACACUGCAGCCUGUCAGAAUGUGUCAACUGUUGAGUUGAUGAUUUGAAACACUUGAAGCUUGGGUUGUGAGUUCUUGCUGAAGCCAGCCAUCACUAAAUUGCACUGAAAUGUGGUUUAUCCGUCUGCCAUGAACUACUUGAUGAUUGACAUUCUUUGAUCAACAACGAGGAGAGGAAAUAAAGAGAGUAAUGGCUUUUAAUGCUGCCUGAUCCAUCCGAGAUGGCUCGCUAUAUCCUCCUUACUGGGCUGCGUUCAUGUUCACUGUGACACUAUUGAGGGCGGGGCCUGCCAACAUGUGACCAGGAAGUACAUAUUUUGUUUCCUGCAUUGGCUCCAUGUAUCAAGACUGUUUGACUGUCCUGGACUGACUGCUUAUUGUCUUUUUUUACCAAAUGAAGAAACCUGCAUUUUAAACGUGACCACCUUCCUUGGAGCACACUUGUUUUGUUUUGUUUUUUUUGCUUGCUUACAUCAUCAACCGAGUCCUGACAAGUUUGGCGUCUCUUCACCUCCCCCUCGAUGCACUCCUGGCCCUCUUCUCCCCUUCCUUUGCCCACCAAGCACCCCACUUUUUGUGUCUCCCAAACCUUUGGUGUUAAGUGUUGUCAAUGUUUAGCUUCUUUUGAAAAAGCGGCAGCAGCAGAAUGUCCGUUCUGCUGCCCAGAUUUCUAUAUAUACUGGUAUCUUCAAGCUUAUUGUACAUAUGAGUAGUCGCCAUGGGAUGACACAAUGGAAACAAAAAGUAGAAAGAAUAAGACAAAUUGUGAGUCCUGUGUUCUCUGCAUUUGAGUAUUUUGUAAUUUUUUUGAAAAAUUUGUGGAAUUAAAAUAAACGACUAAGUUACA